GAUGGGCUUCAUCUCCUACUUCUCCUCAUUCCUGCCCGACAUUCCCUGGCACUUCUGGGGUAGCGUCGACUCCCUGCUGCAAGGGCUGGUGGGGGCCUGUGCUGUGUCUGUUCUCUACAAUCUCACGAGAGUCCAUCUCUAUAUCAUGUGCCUCAAUGACCCGGACAAACAGAAGGAGGCGGCUCAGCUCCGGGCCCAGUCUCUGCUCAUGGAUUUCCUUCACGUCUCCCUCCUCACCCUCAUUUACUCUCUGCUGGGGCCACGCGUGGGGGCCCUGGUGGUCCUGGAGUUCAGUCUCCGAGCGGUGUCUAUGGUUCUGUCUGUCAGUAAGGGUGCCGGGAGUUCUCAGCUCUUCUUGCUGUGCCAGUUCUCGCUGGGCUGUGGGGUGAGCUGCAGUCUGGAUUAUUUACAUGAGGGGGCCCCUCACCGCACGUGGAACCUGCUAUUGGCCGUCGGGCUCUCGUGGCUGAUCCUGUGGCAGAGCAGGAGAAUGUGCCGCCAUGUUGGCAUCAUGUACCAGUUACACAGCCGUGAGCGAUACUGUGGGGUGUGUCUGUCCCUAUUGGCCUCCUGGCACGACAUCCCCCCGUUCCUGAGGCGGGCACUCAAGGUGGCAUUCCUGGUGUCUGACUUGGCCGCUGUGGCUGUAAUAAACAGAGAUUUCCUGAGCACGUCGGAGGCCAUGCGCUUCUGGACCCCCCUCACCAUCUGCUACACCUUAUUGGUCAUCUACAUGCAAGAGGAGCAGCAGCAGAACCCCAGUGACCAGAUGAUGUAUCAGACAGUGUUUGUGCGUAUGGGGGGGCUGCUCAUUCUCAUGAUGACCGUGGGCAGAUGGGCCGACAUUCUCCAUAUCUUCAUUUCCCUGACGGGGGAGAUCUGGUGUCUGAUCCAUGCCGGGGUCAUGCUCAGGAUCUGCCGAGAACAGGAUAUUGCUGAUAGGAUCUCCAGCCCCAGAAAGGCCCCCAUCUCUAGAGGCUCCAAAUACACAAGAGACGGCAGAACCCUCCAGCGAGAGACCAGCCUGGAAGAAUGAGCCCAAAGCAGCCCCAGAAUCUGUUUGACCAUUGGAGUUUGUUACAAACUUUAUAAUAUUGAGUUUUGCCCCCAGAUGAGAAAUAAGGAUUUGGAGUUUGGGAACUUGUAUUGUGUCCCAGUUGGGGUGGUUCUCCUCCCCAUGGAUCAGUGGUGUCUUCCACGAUGUGGAUCAACUGCAGCACAAAGUGUAUUUGGGUUUCUCGGGGUUCUGUUUAUCGCACCAAAUGGACCCAAUGGGCUGGACCAGCGCUGAAGUUCUACAAGAAUGACGGAUGUUAUUCCUCAGUUCUAGAAUAUUCUGCUUUCAUUUGGAAUAAGAAAUGACUCGUUUUAGUCAACAAGUUCUGAGAUUCUUAAGGAUUUCACCCAAAAUAUUUGACACGAGUGUCUGAAAACUCCCAAAGAUAAAGGGGUUCCACUGGGUGCAACGGGGUGAGGGGUCAGGGAGUCACUCGGGGUAGAAAUAAUUUGAUCAAUUCAGUUUUAUAGCAAAUGAGUUUGUCUCCGUUUUGUACAUUUUCACUGAUAAUAUUUGUGAUAAAAUCCCACGUUCCUUUAAUUGAGCACAAAAUCCCCCCGAUUCCUGGGAGUCUGUGCGACGCCCAACUGAAACAAUGUGAUUGGUUAAUUAAAACAUGAAAUGCGGUGUCACAGCCAAUGAGAAUAAAGGGAAAGUGAUUGUCUUUA